AUGGCCGCUCUAAAGUCCACAAUCGUCCUCAUCACAGGAGCCAACAAAGGAGUCGGCUUCGAGAUUGCCAAGAAACUCGCAAAAGAUCAACCCUCCUAUCAUAUUCUUCUGGGCAGCCGCGAUCCCGAGCGGGGCACUGCCUCUGCCGCAAAACUCCAAGCAGAGAAUCUCUCCGUGGAAGCCAUUCCCAUCGAUGUCACAAGCGACGCAUCGAUCAGCGCGGCGGCUUCGAUCAUAUCUUCGAAAUUCGGCCGCUUGGAUGUCCUGAUAAACAACGCGGGAAUCGCUAUUGAUAAUAAGCAUGAACCGGGAGAGGAUUCUCUGAGGGAUAUGAUGUUCGAGUCCUAUAACGUCAAUGUUUUUGGCGCUAUGCAGACAUUCGAGACGUUCGCUCCUCUGUUGGAGAAGAGUGAGAAUCCAAGAGUGGUGUUUAUCUCCAGUAAUUUGGGCUCGUUCGGGAAGCAGGUGAAUAUGGGCAGUUAUCCCGUGUAUCGAAGCACCAAAUCGGCGCUUAAUAUGCUGGUGAUGAGUUUUGCGCAUCUGUACAGGGAGAAGGGGUGGAAAAUAAAUGCGUGCUGUCCCGGGUAUGUGGCGACGGAUUUGAAUAACUUUCACGCCGUUGGGAAAGUGGAGAGCGGUGCUAUUAAUGCUGUUAGGUUGGCCACAUUGAGGAAGGAUGGCGAGACGGGUACGUACUCUAAUAAAGAGGGUCCUAUUCCUUGGUGA